AUGGUUUCACCAAUACCACCACGAAAACAUCACUUAUUUCAGGUCAAUCAUCAUGUACGAACUUCUAUAAUGCUUCUAUCAAUCAUGGAGGGUGCCGAACUUGAUCUCAACAAUACCGUUCUUUCUUCAUCUUCGAAACCAACUACAGUAUCAUCAUCAUCGAUAUCAACUUCAGAUGAUUAUGAAAAAGAUCUUCAAUUAGCUGCUGAACUUGGCAGAUGUUUACUCGAACGAAACCAAGAAUUGCAAAGCUACAUUGACGUUUUACAAAAACAAACUGACGAGGAACAAUCUAAUCGAAAAUUAUUACAUGCUAAACUUGAAUCAACUCGUGAAGAACUCGAUACAAAAUGUAAACAAACAGAAACACUAGAUGCAGCCAAUUUCGAUUUAGAACAAGAACUUGCACGACAACGUCGAGAGAAUGAAAUAAAUCGACAACGUAUACAAGAGCUAUCUGAUUUAUGUGAAAAAACACGUAAGCAAUAUCAUGAUGUUGAAAAUGAAUAUGAAACAUUUCGAUUAAAACAAUUUGAAACACAUUUCUUUCCUAAACUAUCAAGUUCACCUGUAAAAAAAUCGAAUAUUUUGUCGAUCAAAAAACUACAGCGUUCUCAUUCGCUUAACUUAAAUUCAACAUCUAAUCAAUCAUCGAGUCUAUCAACAUCUUCGAACGUAUUCGACAUAUCGUCAACAUCAAUUUUCAAAACACAUCUUACCGAGCUUAAAUCACGUAUUAAUACUCUAACAGAUGAAUGUUCACGGUUGAAUGAAAAACUUGACAAGUCUGAUAAAGAAAAACGCUAUUUAGUUGAUCGAAUAACAAUUCUCGAACGGCAACGUCGUGAUGAUAAUGAUUCAUUACAAAAUGAAUUAAACGACUGUAGAAAACUGUUAGAAAAAUAUACGAAUGAUAAUUUAAAUUCAAUUUUAUCGACAAUCUAUUCGCCACCCGAACAUGAAGUAUCAUUAUACGAUGAAGUUCUAUUAGAAAGUAAACAAUCAAUAAAUAAACUAUCAUAUGAACCAACAAACUAUAAAGUUUUAUUUGCACGUGUUUAUGAUAAAUUAAAGAUAAAUAAUAACAGCGAUCGAUGA